CGCUCCAUAACCCUUUCCUUUCUCCCGUCACCUGUUGCGUCUACUGCUACUGCUGGCAGGGGGCGUGUUCGCUGUCAUUACCACCCUUUCUUUAAGUUUAGUCUGGUUUCAGUUUGUUUUGCUUUGAUCCGCGCUCCCCCUGUGUGUCCCCGAUGAGGAAACAUGCACCCGUCACGUCGGGUCCUUCGCAUUCGUCGGUGAUUGUUAGCGUUUCGGACACUCAGCAGUUGAUAGACGAAGUCGAGGAUGACGACGAGCACGAGCAUGGAGGAGUUGAGGAACUGCCGUCGAGUCCUCCUAUGGCCAUCCCCAGAAACGGCACCUCAACUUCAAUCACAGUGGCCUGCUCUUGUCCAGCACAGAGCCACUUUGCAUCCUGUGGAAGAAAUCAAGAUGGAGUGUAUGGUUCUCUUCCAUCUAGUUCUGUCCCUGAUCCGGGCCGUGAUGGGAAAAGUAUUAUUUACUGCGUUCAUGGAAAGCCAAGUGGAUGUUGUCUUGUCACCAAAGCAGAAGUUGUGGAAAGCACAACAUUUGGAGUUCCUUUAAUUGAACAUUGUCACAGAGGUAAACGAAAGGAGGUGGACCUUAAAGCAAGAAGGCAACUCAUAUUGGCUACGGUCCUCUGUACCUUGUUUAUGAUUGCUGAAAUUGUUGGUGGGAUUUUGUCACACAGUUUAGCUAUUGCAACUGAUGCUGCACACUUGCUAACAGACAUUACAUCUUUUUGUAUAUCCCUGUUUUCCUUGUGGGUUGCCAAUCGUCCGUCUACUCGAAAAAUGAACUUUGGAUGGUAUAGAGCUGAAGUUAUUGGAGCAUUGACGUCUGUUCUGUUAAUUUGGGUAGUGACUGGCAUCUUAGUUUAUAUGGCCAUUCAGAGAAUUAUUACUCCACAAUUUGAUCUUGAUCCUGUGAUUAUGCUCAUAUCAUCUGGACUAGGUGUUCUCGUGAAUUUGAUAAUGGGUGUAGCACUUCACUCAUCCCAUGGCCAUGGCCACAGUCAUGGAGGCCACAGCCAUGGAGGUAGUUCAAGUCCACGGCACAGCCAUGGCUCCAACCUGACUGUAGAAAGUGAAGGCUCAUCGGCUCAAACAGCUCAGAUCCGCAAGCAGAAUCUAAAUGUGCGAGCUGCGUUUAUUCAUGUCGUAGGAGACUUUGUUCAAAGUAUUGGUGUCUUCAUUGGAGCGCUAAUAAUAUAUUUUAAGCCUACCUGGAUCAUAGUUGAUCCUAUUUGUACUUUCAUUUUCUCUGCGUUGGUGCUUAUAACAACAAUUUCUAUCAUUCGAGAUACUAUUGUGGUUUUAAUGGAAGGUAUCCCAAGAGAUGUGGACUUCAAUGCCGUACUUGAUACCUUUAUGAAAAUAGACGGUGUAGUCAGAGUGCAUAAUCUCCGUAUUUGGGCUCUAAGUCUGGAGAAAACUGCAUUAUCAGCUCACCUUGCCAUUCGCCCUGGUGUUCAUCCAAAUACAGUACUGAAGACAGCUACCCGUAAUAUCCAUUCUAAUUUUAAUUUCUUUGAACUGACUUUACAAAUUGAAGAAUUUCAUCCAAAUAUGGAAAACUGUGAGGAAUGUCAUGAUCUUGAUGAUCAAUGAGCCUUUGAAUUUCGCUCUCUAUAAAUAUCUUUGAAUGUCUGAUCAUAAAAUUAAGUGAGCUUGUGGAAACCAUAAAUGGUCAUGAAGCUCCAGGUUAUUAUCUCCAGUCAUAAUCUAUAAAUAGCAUAGUUCCUUGAAACAUUUGAAAAACAAUGUGUCAGCAAUUUGCAGCAUAUGAACAGCAGUCCUAGAAAUGAUUAUCAUUUUAAAUUAGUGAUAUAUUAUUGCUCUCAUCUCAUCAUGUCAAGUUUUAUAAUUUUAAUCUUUGAGAUGUCAAUAUUAUGUCAAUUUUAUUUCAAGGUUGGUCAUUGAAGACUUGGGCUGUGAACCAUGAAGUUUAUUGAAAAGAAAUUAUUAUGUACAUAUUCUUUCUUCUUUUUAAUCGCCUUGUUUUAAAUCUGCUUGUGACUCAAAAGUUGCUUGUGCUCAAACUUGUGAAGACUUUAAAGCAAUUUAUUGUUCUUUAUGCUCCCUGUGAUGUUUUGUACAUGUAUUGAAUGUGUUUAGAUUUUGAAAAUACAAUGUUUGUUCCACUUUA